AUGGUCAAUGUUGAUCAGAACAAACAAAAAGUUGACGGGACGAAGGUUUUAGGUGCUGAUCCGUUACUUGGCGAUUCUCAUGAAUCCGCCAUUGCAGCGGACUUAUCUCAGGUGGUGAAAAAACGAGCAAAGUACAAGCACACGAAAGUGGAUGGGCGUGGUACGAGAGUCCGUCUAUCACCGAUCUGUGCUGCUAGAAUCUUCCAAUUAAGGCAGGAAUUGGGACAUAAGUCUGAAGCUGAGACUCUAAAAUGGAUUCUGGAACAUGCUGAGCCAGCGAUCAUUGCUGCCACUGGAACUGGUACGAUUCCGACCAAUGCUAUACAAGUUAACGGAAUGUUUAAAAUACCAGCGACAACUAACGAGGGAGAAAGCUUCGUGAGGAAGAGGAAAAGGGCUUUUAAUAGCGAGUUUUAUGACGUGCAUGAGAAGUCAAAAUUUGCACCUGUUGCUCCCAUUGCCCCAAAAGGUGUUGUUCCUGUUUCGCCAGUGGGCAAUGGGUACUAUAUGCUGCCACCUGUUGUUGGGCCUCAUUUAUGGGCCAACCCAUUGAUCAAUGUCAAUGCUGUUGGUGCUGGUGAGCUUAAAUUGAGCAGCUCAUGUGUGUCAAAAAGUGCUGGGAAUGGAAACAAGUUAGGUGAUGGUGUUUCAGUCAUGGCUCCGAGUUCGAGUUCGACUUCUCCUCUUGCCACAACUACAACUACUAGGAGGUUUUCAAAAGAAACUCUUUGA